AUGAGACGUACCUCUGCAAUCUUGGCUAUUGGAGCUUUGGCAAGCCAGGUUCAAGCUGCCACUGUCAGGCUCUUGUCUGGUGCAACGAUCAUUGGUUGGGAUGACUCCAACAACGAGCCCAAAAUCGUUCGUGAUGGUCACAUUUUGAUCAGCGGUGAUCGGAUCAAGACUGUCAGCACAUCCGAGCCCUCAAACUUGCCAAACGACACAGAGAAAAUCGAUGCUACUGGCCAGAUUAUCACACCCGGUUUCAUUGAUACCCAUCGCCAUGGCUGGCAGACUGCCUUCAAGACGAUAGGCUCAAACACUACACUGGCAGAGUACUUCGGUCGCUAUGGCGAGUUUGCAGCUGCCCCUCACUUCACAGCUGAUGAUGUAUACUGGGGCCAACUGGCUGGACUGCUCGAAGCUUUGAAUGCUGGCGUGACUACUUCGCUUGAUCACGCCCACCACACCUGGUCCAACAAGACUGCUUACGCUGGCCUCAACGCCUCCAUCGCUAGUGGUGCUCGAGUGUUUUGGUCUUAUGCCUUCCACGAUGUCCCAGCACUGAACUAUACUGUGCGCGAUCAGAUCCCCAACUUUGUCGAGAUCGCUGAGAGAGAACUUUUCAAUGACAGCAACGUUGAGCUUGGAAUCUCGUACGACUCUUUCGGACCCAACCCCCCUGAUGUGGCGAAGGACGUGGUCGACCUGGCCAAGGACUAUAACGUCUCUGUUAUCACGACACACGCCCUUGCUGGGCCAUUCGGCGUCAACAAUCUCCCUGAAGAUGUCCAUGCCCUGGGUCUUCUCAACACUUCCAUUCCCGUUGUCUUUUCUCAUGGCAGUUUCAUGACAGCAACGGGGGCGAACCUCCUCCGUCAGACAGACCAAUAUUUGUCUAUCACACCUGAAUCCGAAAUGCACUAUGGUCACACUCACCCACACUCAUACUACAUCCAAGACCAAGCUGCCCUCGGAGUCGAUACCCACUUUACCUUCUCUACCGACAUUCUCACACAAGCGAGAAUAUGGUUGCAAAGUGCACGCUACUACUUCUUCGACAAAGUGCUUGACGACUUGAAGGUUCCUAACAAGAACCCUAUGAGCGUUGAUCAGGCCUUUUACCUCGCCACUCGUGCUGGCGGUAUGGCUUUGCGACGCCCUGAUCUCGGUAUCAUUGAGGAGGGAGCCAAGGCUGAUCUUAUCGUCUGGAACGCGGCAGACUCACCCGCUCUUCUGGGCUGGGUUGACCCCGUGGCAGCUGUUAUGCUCCACGCCAGUGUCGCUGAUGUCCUGCAUGUCAUGGUUGAUGGAGAGUUUGUGAAGAGGGAUGGAAAGUUAACUGCAUCCGAUUAUAAGGAGACAAAGAAGAGCUUCUUGAAGAGCGCAGCCAGAAUCCAGAAGAUCUACAAGGAAUUCGACUAUCCUGAGCUUGAAGGGGAGUUUAACGGAGGGGGUUUCUAUUAUGGUUCUCCAAGAAUUGUCAGUACCGAAACUGGCCUUGUUGAAGAGAGUAACUAG